GCUGAUAAGGACAGUGGUUUACUACUUUUUGUGGGGGAACUUUUCCAUACAUCAGCCCUACCCUGUUUCCCUCACUGGCAGCUACAAAAGGCAUCUCAAAGCCUUAUCAAAACACUCACAGAGCCAAAGGCAGCAGGACAGGAGACUUAUUUUGUCAGUACACUGGCAAGGACACAUUUUCUUUACUAGCAGUUGUUGGUUGAAGUUUUUUACACUUUGUCCCUCCCAUUGGACACACCCUCUUUAGGAAAGCAUUCACCGACCUAAAGGCUCCUGUAGGAAAUUUUUUUUUUCAGUACACUUCAGAAACAUCAGGAGGCUUUUUUUUUUAGAUCAUGGGGAUAUUUGAUCUUUUUCUCCAAUCCUCCAGUUCUGGCCCCCUGCUGGGGGCUCUGGUGGUCCUGCUGCUUGUCUACUUCAUCUCUUCCAGCUUUAGCUCCCAGGAAAAGGGGAAGGAUCCUCCAGGACCAAAACCACUUCCCUUACUCGGCAACCUGCUGCAGCUUGACCUCAAGAGACCCUAUAAGACAUUACUGGAGCUUUCCAAGAAAUAUGGUUCAGUGUUCACCGUCUAUUUUGGAACCAAGAAAGUGGUGGUCCUGGCUGGAUACAAGACUGUGAAGGAAGCACUUGUCAGUCAUGCUGAAGAGUUUGGAGACAGAGACCAAGUGUAUAUUGUGGAAGAAUUUAACCAAGGACAUGGGGUUUUAUGGUCAAAUGGUGAUUCCUGGAAAGACAUGAGGCGCUUCGCCUUGACAAACCUGAGAGAUUUUGGGAUGGGCAAGAGGGCAUGUGAGGACAAAAUCGCAGAGGAAUGUGACUACCUCAUUGAAGUGUUUAAGAAAUUUAAAGGAAAAGCUUUUGAUACAACCCAACCAAUUAACUAUGCAGUCUCUAAUAUUAUCUGCUCCAUUGUAUAUGGCAGCAGAUUUGAAUAUGAUGACCCAGAGUUUACAUCACUGGUGGAUCGAACAAACAGAAAUAUUCAACUUGUGGGCUCCCCGUCAAUUCAGAUCUACAACCUGUUUCCAUGGAUUGGUAAAUGGUUUCAUAACAGGAAGGAAAUCCAGAAGUUGACUAUGGCCAACAGGCAACAGAACUUGCGACUGUUCAGUCGUUUGAAGGAAACCCUCAAUCCACAGAUGUGCAGAGGGUUUGUGGAUGCCUUUCUGGUCCGAAAGCAAAAUCUGGAGGAAUCUGGGACCAACAGUCACUUCCACAGUGAAAACCUGUUGGCUACAGUUCUUAAUCUCUUUGCUGCCGGCACUGAUACAACAGCAACUACACUGAGAUGGGGACUUCUGCUUAUGGCCAAGUAUCCAAAAACACAGGACCAGGUCCAGGAGGAGCUGAGCAGGGUGAUAGGAAGUCGACAGGUUCAGCUUGAGGACAGGAAGAACCUGCCCUUCACUGACGCUGUCAUCCAUGAGACACAGAGACUAGCCAAUAUCGUCCCCAUGUCGCUUCCUCACAGAACAAGCCGAGACAUCACUUUCCAGGGUCACUUCAUUAAAAAGGGGACCACAGUGUAUCCUCUCUUAACAUCUGUUCUGUAUGAUGAGAGUGAGUGGGAGAAGCCAUACAGUUUUUAUCCUGCUCACUUUCUGGACAAAGAUGGGAAGUUUGUCAAGCGAGAUGCCUUCAUGCCUUUUUCUGCAGGUCGCAGGGCUUGUCUUGGAGAGAGUCUAGCUAAAAUGGAGCUCUUUAUCUUCUUCCCCACCCUCCUGCAACACUUUCGUUUCUCCCCUGCACCGGGAGUUUCAGAGGAUGAACUGGAUCUGACUCCACGUGUGGGCUUCACCCUCAACCCUUCACAUCAUGAACUGUGUGCUGUUUCCUGUAUGUGAGCAGUAGGGCUUGAAAAAGCUACCUUGCCCACUGUCCUGACUUCAACUCAACCCAGCAAUUCAUUCAAGAAUAGAUUAUACUUAAUAUAGUGUUAUUGCAUGUAGUGCAACGGCACUGAAUAUGUUCAAUAUCAAUGAUGUAAUAAAUUACAUUUUCACUUUGGCUUGAUAGGUGACUGAAAUUCAAGAUUCAUAUUGAACAUUUGACCAAAAAAAAAAAAAAAA